UGCGUCGCAAUGACGGCGAAGAAGAAUCAGACUCUGCAGAAUGGAAGUGCCAAGGAGAAUGUGCUGCAGAGGGUCCUGCAGCUGCCGGUGGUGAGCUCGACCUGCGAAAGCCUCCAGCGGACCUAUGCCAGCACCAAGGAGGCCCACCCACUCAUGGCCUCCGUGUGUGAGGUCUACGAGCGGGGCGUGCAGGGUGCCAGCGCCUUGGCCAUGUGGAGCAUGGAGCCUGUGGUGCGCAGGCUGGAGCCUCAGUUCGCUGUGGCUAACGACCUGGCUUGCCGGGGCUUGGACCACCUGGAGGAGAAGAUCCCCGCCCUCCAGUACCCCGUCGACAAGCUCGCGUCUGAACUGAAGGGCACCAUCUCCUCCCCACUCCAAAGUGCCAGAAGCACCAUUGGCAACUCCGUGGAUAAGAUCAUGGAGCUGGCAGCAGAGGGCUACGAGGCCACCAAGAGCACGGUGGAAACGACAGCAAAGUACACGAGGAGGAACUCGGUGAGCCAGAUGGCAGCCGCAGGGGUCGACACGGCCCUGGGAGGGCUGGAGAAGCUGAUGGAGUACCUGCUGCCAGAGGAGGAUGAAGAAGCAGAUCAGAAGCCCAAAGAGACGCGUGGGUCAGCAGUAAAGGUCUCCCAGCAGCAGGCCAGCACUCCCAGUGCUCCCAGCACUCCCAGCACCCUGGGCCGGAUUGGCACCUUGGUUAGCACCGUCUCCCACCGCGCUUACCAACAAACCACCCAAAGCCUCCAGCGUGCCAAAGCCAAAGGGCAGGAACUGGCCACCUGGAUCCCCAUCCUGGGCAGCUUGGCCAAGCCAAGCGCCCCCGAGGCGCCGCGGGUCCACAGUGAUGGGCAGAGCACCACGGCUGGCUGGCUAAGCCAGCAGCAGAGCAAGGUGCCGGAGCAGAAGCAGGAGAAGGCGGGGAAGAAAGACAACCACCACACCAAGGAGGCAGGGGACAGCCCCGGGCUGGUGGGCAGCAUGGCUCACAACCUGCAAACCGCCUGUGCCUCCGGCAUCUCCAGCGUGAAGAAGGUCCCGGCCGUGGCCUGGGACGCGGCGGAGGGGUUGAUCCUCUUCACGCCCCGCAGGCUGUCCAAGGCCAUGGAGACGGUGGAUGCUCUCGGGGGGACCCUCGUCAGUGCCCCCAAGCAUCUGCUGGGCACCCUGUACAGCUACGUGCCGCUCCGCAGGCAGUCGGUGAAGCAAGAGGAGGCGGCCGGGGGCAGCAAGACCAGCCCGGAGACAGAGCAGAAGGAGGAGGACGCCAAGCCUGCCGCCCCCUCCGCAGAGGAGAAAUCCCAACUGAGGGGCGACUGGCGGCUGUACCGCGGCCAUCACCCCCUCUCCUUCCUGGGGCUUGAGGACCCCCUCUUCCUGCGGCACAACCUCUACCGCAGCCCUGCCUUCGAGCCCGAGUGCCCCCUCCCGCGGAAAUCCGCCUUUGCCCCCUACAACAGGCGGGUGAGCGAGGGCUCCUACCGCUUCAGCCCCGAGGCCAUGUACAGCCGGGCUUACUACGCCAACGUCUACAGCCCUACCUUCAAGAAGGACUGAGCCGGUGGGGAGGACGAGCACAUCCCGGCCCCCCUCUAAUCCCCCCCCAAGCACGCUUUGCCCAGGCCCCUGCCAGCCGCCCGCACGCACCCCUGUACCGGGACAGGAGCUCAAAGUGGUAGACAUGCCAUGGGCUGUCUUCUCCUUCUGGAGCACAUCAGGGCCAGGAUGGGGGAAUAAAGGCAGCCAAAAGCUCUGUUGGUGGAAGGAGAAGGUAGGGGGAGGUGGGACCAGAGUGGACCAGAGAGGCGAAGGAAAUGCCAAGAGUGGUGAGACCAGAAAAGAGAAAAAGGGACCGUCCAGGCCUGGCACUGGGCCACCCCGGUCCCUGUUGAGCAGAUAGCGUGGACUUAGAUGGGCUGUACGUUGAGAACAGCGCUGAGACAGAGCAAGGAGGACAGCAUAGCCAUCGAACGUCACCAUAGCAAGCCUGGUUCCCCAUCCUUCCUUGCUCUGUCCCACCUCGCAGGGCCCGUCCCUGGUCACAGAUUGCUCCUCCAUGGACGAGCUGAAGGUCCCCACCAACCAGCAGGACUCAUGAGUCGGAAAGCCCUGGGCACCCACCCCCAGCUGGUGGUGGGACGGAUGGUGGGGUCAGGAAGACGACCGGUGAGAACAGGUGGAGCUCCUGGAGCCCCUCUCUCCCACAGGACUGCCUGGCUUCCCGCAACACCUUGUUGUAUCCGCUGCAAUAAUAAACCUUCCCGAACUGCCGCU